GGAGGUGACACGAGUAGUUAUUUACUUGCCCCCAUACUUGGUAGGUACUUAAUGCGCUGCGGGAAACAAGAAACACAGGAAACUAAUCAUCCGAAAACUGAGUACCUACCUAUCUAUCUUAGAGAGAAGAAAGGAAACCAAAACCAUGGCGUUCUCAGCAGAAGCAGCCUCCGAGCUCCGCUCCAUCAUGGAGAAGAGCAUCGCCGUCACCACUGGCGGCACUAACCCAUCCCCGACCGCGCUCCCCGGGACAUCCUUCGUCGUGAUCGACCGCACCGGAACCGAGCUCUUCGCGCACUCGGCCGGCAAGCGCGGGAUCCGCUCCCCGGAACCCAUGUCCCUCGACCACGUCUUCUGGCUCGCGAGCUGCACCAAACUCGUGACCGGCAUCGCCGUCAUGCAGCUCGUCGAGCGCGGAGCCCUGCGGCUCGACGACGCCGCGCAGGUCGAGGCGGCGUGUCCCGAGCUCAGGGAUAUCAAGGUGUUGCGGGAUGACGGGACGUUAGAGGAGAGGAGGAACGGGAUCACGCUGAGGAUGCUGCUGACCCAUACCUCGGGGCUCGGGUACACGUUCUUCGACGAGGCGCUGCGCGACUGGAGCCACCCGGUGGGCAUCGACGAGUUCUCGGGGGACGUGCGGGAUGUGGCGAGGAUGCCGCUGCGGUUCCAGCCGGGCGAGGGCUGGCGGUACGGCGUCGGCAUCGACUGGGCUGGCAUCCUGCUCGAGCGGACCGCCGGCGUGACGCUGAACGAGUAUAUACAGACGAAUAUCUGCGCGCCCCUGGGUCUUGAGAACGUCGACAUGGUGCCCACGAAGGCGAUGAGGGAGAGGCUGGCGCACAUGCACCAGAGGGAGAAGGACGGGAAGCUGACGCCGCGGGACCAUUUGAAUCGCCGGGCGUUGGUGGUGGAGACGCCGGAGGAGGUCGCGGGUUUGUUCCAUAGUGGCGGGGCGGGGCUUUUUGCGAAGCCGCAGGAGUAUACUCGCAUCCUCGCCGUCCUCCUCAACAACGGCACCUGCCCGCGCACCAAAGCCCAGCUCCUCUCCCCCUCGACCGUCGACACCAUGUUCACGAACCAAAUCCCGCAAUUCCCCAACUUCGGGCGCCAGGGCAUUCCCGGCGCAAAGCCGGACCUGAGCAACGACCUGCCGGACCUGUACCACAUUGAUGGGAACCCGCCUCAGGGGUGGGGGCUGACGUUCAUGCUGAGCGGGGCGAGCGCGGCGACGGGGAGGUCGAGAGAGACGGGCCACUGGGCGGGGCUGUGCAAUAACUACUGGUGGUGCGAUAGGGGGCGCGGCGUCGCGGGCUUGGUGUGUGCGCAGAUACUGCCGUUUGGGGACGCGGGGGUCGGGGGGAUGUGGACGGAGUUGGAGACGGCUGUUAAUAGGUAUGUGAAGUGAGGUCUUAGGGACUAGGUACCUAAGGUACGAGAUGGAUAGGUGUCUUUAUAUGGGCUGGUCUCUCUUAUGUAUGUCUGUGAUGAUAGAGUUUAUUGGGGUUUGAGAGUUUGAGACCUUCAAUAAGCUGGUUACCUACCUACUAUUUCCAGGUUAUGAAAAGGAGCCCGAAUAGGGGGGGCUUUGGUGACUUACUCAGGCUAGGGUGAGUUAAGCUUAGAUGAGCUUGAAUGCACGCCAUCCGUUUGUGUCUGAGUAAGAAAGAUCAAGGACUCUUGAAGAUAAUCCUGGAUGAAUAGUACCUAUUAUCUAUAACUUUUAUACGUGCCAUGUUUGGGGGUAUGUAGGUUGAUAUGAGACUGAAUAA